CCUCGCACUUUCUGGCGGGAACCGGGCCAGCGGCGCGAGCAGCCACAGAGGGAAAGCGGGAACGGGAUGGGGAAAGUGUGUGUGUGUGUGCGUGUGCGUGCGCGGGCGUGCGCGUGAGUGUGUGCGAGGAGAGGCCGCGGCGGCCAGCCCGAGCGGCGCGGGCCUUUCGUAAUUGCCCCCUCCCGGCCCCCGCCGGCGCCCCCGCCCGCCCGCUCCGCCCUCCUCCUUCCCGCCGCCGACCAGGCAGCAAUUACGCUUUGGGGAUAAAACGAGGCGCGGAGAGCGGCCGGGGCAUUCCUCCCCGAGACGGCGAUGGCGGGUGUGACGGCCGCAGCCCCGAGGCCCGGAGUCCUGCUGCUCCUGCUGUCCCUCCUCCACCCCUCGCAGCCCGGAGGGGUCCCAGGGGCUGUUCCUGGUGGAGUUCCUGGAGGAGUCUAUUACCCAGGGGCUGGUCUCGGAGGCCUGGGAGGAGGAGCACUGGGACCCGGAGGCAAGCCACCCAAGCUAGGCGCUGGACUCUCAGAGAUAUUUGGAGCAGGUCCUGGAGGGCUUGCAGGCGCUGGACCCGGAGCAGGACUGGGAGCCUUUCCCGCAGGUGCCUACCCGGGGGCUCUGGUGCCAGGUGGAGCAGCCGGUGCUGCUGCAGCCUAUAAGGCUGCCAAGGCUGGUGCUGGGCUUGGUGGUGUCGGAGGAGUUGGCGGCAUCGGCGGAGUCGGUGGCCUGGGCGUGUCCACAGGUGCCGUGGUGCCUCCGGCCGGAGCCGGAGCCGGAGUCGGAGUCGGGGCUGGAGCGAAGCCAGGAAAAGUGCCCGGUGUGGGGCUCCCAGGUGUAUACCCAGGUGGCGUGCUCCCCGGCACAGGAGCUCGGUUCCCUGGUGUGGGGGUGCUCCCCGGGGUGCCCACCGGAACAGGAGUCAAACCCAAGACCCCAGGUGGAGGCGGAGCUUUUGCCGGAAUCCCAGGGGUAGGGCCCUUUGGGGGCCAGCAGCCUGGAGUCCCCCUGGGGUACCCCAUCAAGGCGCCCAAGCUGCCAGGUGGCUACGGACUGCCCUACGCCAAUGGGAAACUGCCCUUCAGCUACGGACCCGGAGGAGUGGCUGGUGCAGCAGGCAAGGCUGGCUACCCAACGGGAACAGGAGUGGGCCCCCAGGCAGCAGCGGCGGCAGCUAAGGCAGCAAAGUAUGGUGCCGGGGGAGCCGGAGUCCUCCCUGGUGUUGGAGGCGGCGGCAUUCCUGGCGGGGCCGGGGCCAUUCCUGGGAUUGGAGGCAUUGCAGGGGCUGGGACUCCAGCGGCUGCUGCUGCUGCUGCAAAGGCAGCCGCUAAGGCUGCCAAGUAUGGAGCUGCUGGGGGCUUAGUGCCUGGUGGGCCAGGAGUUAGGGUCCCAGGUGUUGGGAUCCCAGGUGUCGGAGGCCCAGGUGUCGGGGUCCCAGGUGUUGGGGGUCCAGGCAUUGUGGGCGUACCAGGGGCUGUGUCACCUGCUGCAGCCGCCAAAGCAGCCGCCAAAGCAGCCAAAUACGGGGCCAGAGCUGGAGUGGGGGUCGGAGGCAUCCCCACGUAUGGGGUUGGUGCUGGGGGCUUUCCUGGCUAUGGUGUUGGAGCUGGCCUUGGAGGUGUCCCUGGAGCUGGCCUUUCCCCUGCAGCCCAAGCCGCAGCUGCUGCUAAAGCUGCCAAGUACGGUGCUGGAGGAGCUGGAGCCCUGGGAGGGCUGGUGCCAGGUGCAGUACCAGGUGCAGUACCAGGUGUGCCAGGAACCGGAGGGGUGCCAGGAGCAGGGACCCCAGCAGCUGCAGCCGCCAAAGCAGCCGCCAAAGCUGCCCAGUUUGGAUUAGGCCCUGGAGUCGGUGGGGUUCCUGGAGUCGGUGGGGUUCCUGGAGUCGGCGGGGUUCCUGGAGUUGGUGGGGUUCCUGGUGCUAUUGUCCCUGGUGGUAUUGCAGGAGCAGGGACCGCAGCUGCUGCCAAGUCCGCUGCUAAAGCCGCCGCCAAAGCUCAGUACCCAGGGGCUGCUGCUGGGCUUGGUGCCGGAGUUCCUGGAUUUGGAGUUGGUCCUGGGGUCCCUGGAUUUGGAGUUGGUCCUGGGGUCCCUGGAUUUGGAGUUGGUGCUGGGGUUCCUGGAUUUGGGGCAGGUGCAGUGCCCGGAUCCCUGGCCGCUGCAAAAGCUGCCAAAUACGGAGCAGGGGGCAUCGGCGGCCUGGGAGGACCUGGCGGUCUUGGUGGAGUAGGUGUCCCAGGUGGCGUGGCAGGGGUCGGACCUGCCGCUUCUGCUGCUGCUGCCAAAGCUGCUGCCAAAGCCGCCCAGUAUGGCCUGGGGGGCAUCGGUGGGCUUGGAGCCGGAGGACUGGGAGUCGGUGGGCUCGGAGUUGGAGGGCUUGGGGCCGCAGGAGCCAUCCCAGGCGCUGGCUUUGGAGGUGUGUCCCCAGCUGCAGCUGCUAAAGCAGCCAAAUAUGGAGCAGCAGCGAGACCUGGCUUCGGAUUGUCUCCCAUUUUCCCAGGUGGCGGUGCCGGGGGCCUGGGAGUCGGUGGAAAACCCCCCAAGGCCUACGGAGGGGCCCUGGGAGCCCUGGGAUUCCAAGGUGGAGCCUGCCUGGGGAAAUCCUGCGGCCGGAAGAGAAAGUGAGCUUCCCGGGACCCCUGACUCGCGACCUCAUCAACGUUGGUGCUACUGCUUGGUGGAGAAUGUAGACCCCCGUGACCCCACCCCGUACCCCACUCCAUGCCCCCGGAGGGGACAGUAGGCGGUGGCCUGGGAGAUCCA